AACGCAGAUCCGUCCCACCAUGCGAGGGCUUAUAUGCAAGUCAUAGCCUCUGAGUUAAUACUUAUUGUUUCGUGCUUAGGAUUGCGUUUAUUCUCGUAAUUAUGUUGCCGCAUUCACAAACACGCUUUGUAGUUCAGCGCGAGCGCCGACGUUCUUGGGCUUUAGUCUGUUCGGUAUUUCGAGCGUUAACUUGCCACGUGAGCCCGUUUGCAAUAUUGAGGGGUUAAGGAAAUACGCUCAACGGAGAGAGAGAUACAGGUUGCCUACAAUGACACAGAGCAAUGUUGUGCACUCAGUUAUUGCCAGACUGAAGUCCGUAUUCACAUCACAUCCCAUUCUCCUCUGACAGAGGCAGCUCUUCAGCCAUACUACGUCUUAACAGCUGGGGGAAAACCUAUUUUAUCUUCCAACUUAACCAGCUUCCAGGACACAGUAUCAGCGAGUUUUGUCAAAGAUCCAGGGAUGCUGUCACGGUUACUUCGUGGAAGGCAUUAGACGAGGGACCCACUCACAUGUAUUUUGACAGGCUUCAGAUAUACACGUUCUUCGAGGGAGAAAGGCGCUGCCAGACAGGCAGUAGGCUAGCAGUGACAGAGCGCACCCGUCUUCGCUCCAGAACAACUUUCCAUAAGAGUAGCCUGCAGUAAGCUAUAGCAUUCGUACUACACUCUGCGAAGCAAAAUACCGCUGUCCCGAGGAACAAGGCACUGUUUCCCUGAGAGGGAAGGCAAGAAGAUUGUUGAGCAGUCAGCAAGAUAUUCUACAUAAUCGUUCCACAACCCCACCACUUCUGACAAGGAAUUUGCCUCUUGCCUGUUGACUGUUGGCUUCCAUGGACCCCUGUUGCAGAGGAAUUCCAUGAACUCCCAGGAUGCAACGAGAAAACAGCGCAAGGAAUAGUGACAAGAAUCUGAGACCAAGUCCAAGCUUUCAUGACUGUUGCCAGCACCCGCUGUUUCCUAUGUAGACCCUGAGCCGGCGAGACUGGGCGGAGUCUACGGAGAGACGCGCACGGACGACCACUUAGCGCACGGACGACCGCUUAGCGCACGGACGACCGCUUAGCGAACGGACGACCGCCUUCUUGGCGCACGGACGACCGCCUUCUUGGCGCACGGACGACCGCCUUCUUGGCGCACACGAUGCCGGCAGGAUGGAAGUGAAGGAACGGCGGCCGUACUGCUCGCUGACGAAGACCAGGCGGGACGGCGAGCGCCGCUACGCGGGCCCCGCCGGCUACGUGGUGGACGGCGAGGACGGCCGCGUGCCCACCCAGAAGUCCUACAGCUCCAGCGAGACUCUCAAGGCCUUCGACCAUGACUCCUCCCGCCUCCUGUACGAGCACCGGGUGAAGGACAUGGUGCACAGGGAGGCGGAGGAGUUCGCCAGGCCAGGGCAGAACUUCACCCUCCGGCAGCUUGGGAUAUGUGAGCCGGCCACGCGGCGGGGCGUGGCCUUCUGCGCGGACAUGGGGCUGUCCCACCGCGGCUACCCGGCGGGAACGGGGGGCGAGGGGGACGCGGGGAGCGGGGGCGCGAUGUCGCCGGACCACGCCGCGCGCCUCUGGGCCCGGGGGGUGAAGUCGGGGCGCAGCUCCUGCCUGUCCAGCCGCUCCAACUCGGCGCUCACGCUGACCGACACGGAGCACGACAACAAGUCCGACAGCGAGGGCGGUUCUCCCAUGCAAUCCUCUUUAUCCAGCCCAUCAGUCAUUCAGCAUUCACAUUCCCAGCCUCCAUCACCCAAUCUCCAUGACAACCAGAGGCAGUUGCUAAGUAGUGACACCACCCAGCCAGUUCAUGAGUCUGACUCCGACGAAGAGUUCUCUGCCAGCGUGUUUUUACCUGUAACGCACGCAGGCCAAGGCCCCUCUUGUAAUGAGCAACCGUCCAUCCAUCCAGGCCAGUCCACGCUGCAGCCGGCCCCGCCCGCCCACAGGCAGCACCCGUCCGUCACCUCCCUGAACCGAAACUCGCUGACCAAUCGGAGGAGCCCCAGCCCGGCCCCCCCGGCCGUCUUGCCCGCCGAGCUGCAAACCACACCCGAAUCGGUCCAGCUGCAGGACAGCUGGGUCCUGGGCAGCAAUGUGCCUCUGGAGAGCAGGCACUUCCUCUUUAAGACCUCGACCGGGACCACGCCCCUGUUCAGCACGGCGACGCCGGGGUACACCAUGGCGACGGGCUCGGUGUACUCCCCGCCCACGCGGCCCCUUCCCAGGAACACCCUCUCCCGAAGCGCCUUCAAGUUCAAGAAGUCGUCCCGGCACUGCUCCUGGAGGUGCGCGGCGCUGAGCGCCGUGGGCGUGUCCGUCCUGCUGUCCGUCCUGCUGUGCUACUGCAUAGCCAUGCACCUGUUUGGCCUGAACUGGCAGCUCCAGGAGACGGAAGGCUACACGUUUGAGAACGGGCAGGUGAAGUCGGACGCCCCUCCCACGAACACGGCGACCGUGGUCUCGGCGGACAGCGGGAGACUGGGCGUGUUCCUGCAGGAGAACAACACCAUCGACACGGGGGAGGUGGACCUGGGGCGGCGGGCGAUGCAGGACGUCCCGCCAGGGGUGUUCUGGCGCUCCCAGCUCUUCAUCAACCAGCCGCAGUUCCUCAAGUUCAACAUCUCCGUGCAGAAGGACGCGCUCGUGGGGGUGUACGGGAGGAAGGGGCUGCCCCCCUCCCACACGCAGUACGAUUUUGUGGAGCUCCUGGACGGCAGUCGGCUCAUCGCUAAAGACAAGCGCAGCCUGGUCGAGCCGGAGGGCGGGGCCCGGAGGGCGCGGUCCGUCAACGUGCACGAGGCCGGCUUCAUCCAGUACCUGGACUCCGGAAUCUGGCACCUGGCCUUCUACAACGACGGGAGGAACACGGAGCAGGUGUCCUACAACACCAUCGUCAUCGAAUCCGUGAUGGAGUGUCCACACAAUUGCCAUGGAAACGGAGAGUGCCUUUCUGGCACAUGUCACUGCUUUCCCGGGCUCCUCGGACCGGACUGUUCGAGAGCCGCCUGCCCUGUGCUGUGUAGCGGGAACGGGCAGUACUCUAGGGGGCGCUGUCUGUGCUUCAGCGGGUGGAAGGGGAUCGAGUGCGACGUGCCCAACAGCCAGUGCGUGGACAGCAGCUGCGGGGGCCACGGCGUCUGCGUCAUGGGCUCCUGCGCCUGCAACACCGGCUACAAGGGCGACCACUGCGAGGAAGUGGACUGCCUGGACCCGUCCUGCUCCGCCCACGGGGUGUGUAUCCACGGGGAGUGCCACUGCAGCCCCGGCUGGGGCGGGGCCGCCUGCGAGAUCCUGAAGACCACGUGUCCGGACCAGUGCUCGGGGCACGGGACCUACCAGGCCAAGAGCGGGACCUGCACCUGCAACGCCAACUGGGCCGGCCCGGACUGCUCCGUCGAGGUGUGUGCGGCGGACUGCGGCUCUCACGGCGUGUGCGUGGGCGGAGCCUGCCGCUGCGAGGAGGGCUGGGCCGGUCCCGGGUGCGAGCAGAAGGCCUGCCACCCCCGCUGCACCGAGCACGGCUCCUGCAAGGAGGGCAAGUGCGAGUGCAGCCCGGGAUGGAGCGGGGAGCACUGCAGCAUCGCUCACUAUCUGGAUAAGAUAGUAAAAGCAGACAAGAUAGGAUUUAAAGAGGGGUGCCCCGGUCUGUGCAACAGCAACGGGCGGUGCACCUUGGACCAGAACGGCUGGCACUGCGUCUGCCAGUCAGGCUGGAGAGGGGCGGGGUGCGACGUCGCCAUGGAGACCCUCUGCUCGGACAGCAAGGACAACGAGGGAGACGGUCUGGUCGACUGCAUGGACCCCGACUGCUGCCUGCAGAGCUCCUGCCAGAACCAGCCCUUCUGCAGCGGGUCACCUGACCCCAGUGAUGUCAUCGGGCAGAGCAGCCAGCAGCCGCCCCCUCCCGCCAAGUCCUUCUACGACCGCAUCAGCUUCCUGGCGGGGAGGGACAGCAGCCACGUCGUGUCUGGGGACAAUCCCUUCAACAGGAGCCUGGUGUCCAUCAUCAGGGGUCAGGUGCUGACUGCGGACGGGACGCCUCUCAUCGGGGUCAACGUGUCCUUCGUGCACUACCCGGACCAGGGCUUCACCAUCACACGGCAGGACGGCAUGUUCGACGUGCUGGCCAACGGCGGGGCGUCUCUGACCCUGAGCUUCGAGCGCUCGCCCUUCCUCACCCAGUACCGCACCGUCUGGAUCCCCUGGAACGUCUUCUACGUGAUGGACACCCUGGUGAUGAAGAAGGAGGAGAACGACAUCCCCAGCUGCGACCUGAGCGGCUUCGUCAGGCCCAGCCCCCUCAUCGUCUCCUCCCCGCUCUCCACCUUCUUCAGGUCCUCCCCCGAGGACAGCCCCAUCAUUCCUGAGACACAGGUCCUUCAGGAAGAGACGGCCAUACCGGGGAGCGACCUCAACCUGGUGUACCUGAGCUCCCGGGCGUCGGGCUACAAGCCCGUCCUGAAGGUGACCAUGACCCAGGCCAACGUCCCCUUCAACCUGAUGAAGGUGCACCUGAUGGUGGCCGUGGUGGGACGGCUCUUCCAGAAGUGGUUCCCCGCCUCGCCCAACCUGUCCUACACCUUCAUCUGGGACAAGACCGACGCCUACAACCAGCGGGUCUACGGCCUCUCGGAGGCAGUGGUGUCCGUGGGGUUCGAGUAUGAAUCUUGCCUGGAUCUGAUUCUGUGGGAGAAAAGGACGGCGAUUUUGCAGGGAUAUGAACUGGAUGCAUCCAACAUGGGUGGCUGGACACUCGACAAGCAUCACAUACUGGAUGUGCAGAACGGCAUCCUGUACAAAGGGAACGGGGAGAACCAGUUCAUUUCCCAGCAGCCUCCAGUGAUCAGCACCAUCAUGGGCAACGGGCGUCGUCGCAGCAUCUCCUGCCCCAGCUGCAACGGGCAGGCGGACGGCAACAAGCUGCUGGCGCCCGUGGCGCUGGCCUGCGGCAUCGACGGCAGCCUGUUCGUCGGCGACUUCAACUACAUCCGCCGCAUCUUCCCUUCGGGGAACGUCACCAGCGUGAUGGAGCUGAGGAAUAAAGAUUUCAGACAUAGCAACAACCCGGCCCACAGGUACUACCUGGCGACAGACCCCGCCACGGGACAGCUGUACGUUUCGGACACGAACUCGCGCCGGAUUUACCGGCCCCGCGUCCUGACGGGGACCAAGGACCUGCUCCAGAACGCCGAGGUGGUGGCGGGGACCGGCGAGCACUGCCUGCCCUUCGACGAGGCCCGCUGCGGGGACGGAGGCAAGGCCACGGAGGCCUUACUCAUGGGGCCCAAAGGUAUUGCGGUUGAUAAGAACGGAUUCAUAUACUUCGUCGACGGAACGAUGAUUCGUAAAGUGGAUCAGAACGGAAUCAUCUCAACCCUCCUGGGGUCGAACGACCUCACCUCAGCCCGACCUUUGACCUGUGACACCAGCAUGCACAUCCGCCAGGUCCGUCUGGAGUGGCCCACCGACCUGGCCAUCAACCCCAUGGAUAACUCCAUGUACGUGCUGGACAACAACGUGGUGCUGCAGAUCACGGAGAACCGGCAGGUGCGCAUCGUGGCCGGGCGGCCCAUGCACUGCCAGGUGCCGGGCGUGGAGUACGCCACGGGCAAGCGGGCGGUGCAGACGGCGCUGGAGUCGGCCAGCGCCAUCGCCGUGUCCUACAGCGGCGUGCUCUACAUCGCCGAGACGGACGAGAAGAAGAUCAACCGCGUGCGGCAGGUGUCGACGGACGGCGAGAUCACGCACCUGGCGGGCGCGCUCUCCGAGUGCGACUGCAAGAACGACGCCAACUGCGACUGCUACCAGACGGGCGACGGCUACGCCAAGGACGCCAAGCUCAACUCGCCGUCCUCGCUGGUGGCGGCGCCCGACGGCACGCUGUACGUGGCCGACCUCGGCAACAUCCGCAUCCGGGCCGUCCACGGCAACAGGCCGGCGCUCAGCUCCGCCGGGUUCCGCGAGGUGGCGUCGGCCGCCGACCAGGAGCUGUACGUCUUCGACGCCAACGGCACGCACCAGUACACCAUGAGCCUGGUCACCGGCGACUACAAGUACAACUUCAGCUACAGCAACGACAACGACGUCACCGCCGUGACGGACAGCAGCGGCAACACGCUGCGCGUGCGCCGCGACCCCAACCGCAUGCCCGUCCGCAUCGUCGCCCCCGACAACCAGGUCAUCUGGCUGACCAUCGGCACCAACGGCGGGCUGAAGAGCCUCACCGCCCAGGGCCAGGAGCUGGUCCUCCUCACCUACCACGGCAACAGCGGCCUCCUGGCUACCAAGAGCACCGUGAUCGGCUGGACCACGUUCUUUGACUAUGACAGCGAGGGUCGUCUGACGAACGUUACCUUCCCGACCGGGGUGGUGACCAAUCUGCACGGAGAGAUGGAGGGGGCCAUCACGGUGGACAUCGAGACCUCCGGGAGGGAGGAGGACAUCAGCAUCACCACUAACCUCUCAUCCAUCGAUUCCUUCUACACGCUGGUUCAAGACCAGCUGAGGAACAGCUACCAGGUGAGCUACGACAACUCCCUGCGGGUCGUCUAUGCCAACGGGAUGGACACGCACUACCAGACGGAGCCGCACAUCCUGGCGGGCGCCGCCAACCCCACCGUGGCGCGCCGGAACAUGACGCUGCCCGGGGAGAACGGGCUGAACCUGGUGGAGUGGCGCUUCCGCAAGGAGCAGACCCGGGGAAAGGUCAUCGUGUUCGGCAGGAAGCUGCGGGUAAACGGAAGGAACCUUCUGUCUGUCGACUACGACCGGACGUUGCGGACGGAGAAGAUCUACGACGACCACCGCAAAUUCCUCCUGAAGAUCAUCUACGAUGCCUCGGGUCACCCCACGCUGUGGGUGCCCAGCAGCAAGCUGAUGUCGGUGAACCUGACGUACUCCAGCACCGGCCAGAUCACCAGCAUCCAGAGGGGGCCCACCACGGACCGGGUGGAGUACGACGGCCAAGGCCGGCUCAUCUCUCGAGUCUUCGCAGACGGCAAGACCUGGAGCUACACCUACCUGGAGAAGUCCAUGGUGCUGCUGUUGCACAGCCAGCGCCAGUACAUCUUCGACUAUGAUUUAUUGGAUCACCUGUCGGCCGUGACCAUGCCGAGCGUGGCCCGCCACACCAUGCAGACGAUCCGCUCCGUCGGCUACUACCGCAACAUCUACACCCCCCCGGAGAGCAACGCGUCCGUCAUCGUGGACUACAGCGAGGACGGGCAGCUGCUGAAGGUCGCCCACCUCGGGACGGGCCGGCGGGUGCUGUACAAGUACCGGCGGCAGACCAAGCUGUCGGAGAUCCUGUACGACAGCACCCGGGUGAGCUUCACCCACGACGAGACCGCGGGGGUCCUCAAAACGGUCAACCUGCAGAGCGAGGGCUUCAUCUGCACCAUCCGGUACCGGCAGAUCGGGCCCCUGGUGGACCGGCAGAUCUUCCGCUUCAGCGAGGACGGCAUGGUGAACGCCCGCUUCGACUACACCUACGACAACAGCUUCCGCGUGACCAGCAUGCAGGGCGUCAUCAACGAGACCCCGCUGCCCAUCGACCUCUACCAGUUCGACGACAUCUCCGGCAAGGUGGAGCAGUUCGGCAAGUUCGGCGUCAUCUACUACGACAUCAACCAGAUCAUCUCCACCGCCGUCAUGACCUACACCAAGCACUUCGACGCGCACGGCCGGAUCAAGGAGAUCCAGUACGAGAUCUUCCGCUCGCUGAUGUACUGGAUAACCGUGCAGUACGACAGCAUGGGCCGGGUCACCAAGAGGGAGAUCAAGAUCGGGCCCUUCGCCAACACCACCAAGUACGGCUACGAGUACGACGUGGACGGCCAGCUGCAGUCGGUCUACCUGAACGAGAAGGUGAUGUGGCGCUUCAGCUACGACCUGAACGGGAACAUCCACCUCCUGAACCCCGGCACCAGCACCCGCCUCACCCCGCUCCGAUACGACCUGCGGGACCGGAUCACCCGGCUGGGGGACGUCCAGUACAAGCUGGACGAGGACGGUUUCUUGCGGCAAAGGGGGGCCGAGAUAUUCGACUACAACUCCAAGGGCCUCCUGGUGCGGGUCUACAGCAAAGGCAACGGCUGGACCAUCCAGUACCGCUACGACGGCCUGGGGAGGAGGGUUUCGAGCAGAACCAGUCUGGGCCAGCACCUCCAGUACUUCUACGCGGACCUGAACUACCCCACUCGGAUCACCCACGUAUACAACCACUCCAGCUCCGAGAUCACCUCCCUCUACUAUGACCUGCAGGGCCACCUCUUCGCCAUGGAGAUCAGCAGCGGGGAGGAGUUCUACAUCGCCUGCGACAACACGGGCACCCCACUGGCCGUCUUCAGCAGCAACGGCCUCAUGAUCAAGCAGGUCCAGUACACGGCCUACGGGGAGAUCUACUUCGACUCGAACCCGGACUUCCAGCUGGUGAUCGGUUUCCACGGUGGUCUCUACGAGCCGCUGACCAAGCUGCUGCACUUCGGGGAGCGGGACUACGACAUCCUGUCCGCCCGGUGGACCAUCCCUGACAUCACCGUGUGGAAACGAGUGGGCAAGGACCCCGCCCCCUUCAAUCUGUACAUUUUCCGGAACAACAACCCUGUCAGCAAGAUACACGAAAUUAAAGACUACGUCACAGAUGUCAACAGCUGGCUGGUGACAUUUGGAUUCCAUCUUCACAAUGCUAUUCCUGGUUUCCCCAUCCCCAAAUUUGAUCUGACUGAGCCGUCGUUUGAACUGAAGAAGAGCCAGCUUUGGGAUGAUCUGCCGUCCAUCUCUGGGGUCCAGCAGGAAGUAAUAAGACAAGCGAAGGCCUUCCUGUCCUUUGAGAGGCUGCCGGAGAUGCAGCUGAACAGGCGACGCGCCGGCAGAGAGAAGUCGUGGCUCUGGUUCGCCGCGGUCAAGUCCCUCAUCGGGAAGGGCGUCAUGCUGGCCGUCAGUCAGGGCCGCGUGGUCACCAACGCGCUCAACAUCGCCAACGAGGACUGCAUCAAGGUGGCGGCGGUCCUCAACAACGCCUUCUACCUGGAGAACCUGCACUUCACGGUGGAGGGGCGGGACACGCACUACUUCAUCAAGACCAGCCUGCCGGAGAGCGACCUGAGCGCGCUGAGGCUGACCAGCGGCCGCAAGGCGCUGGAGAACGGCGUCAACGUGACCGUGUCGCAGUCGACCGCGGCGGUCAACGGGCGGACGCGCAGGUUCGCGGACGUGGAGCUGCAGCACGGCCCGCUGGCGCUGCACGUGCGCUACGGCACCACGCUGGACGAGGAGAAGGCCCGCGUGCUGGAGCAGGCCCGCCAGAGGGCGCUGUCGAGCGCCUGGGCCCGCGAGCAGCAGCGCGUGCGGGACGGGGAGGAGGGGGCGCGGCUGUGGACCGAGGGGGAGAAGAGGCAGCUGCUGAGCGGCGGGAAGGUGCAGGGGUACGACGGGUACUACGUACUCUCCGUGGAGCAGUACCCGGAGCUAGCCGACAGCGCUAACAACAUACAGUUCCUGAGGCAGAGCGAAAUAGGGAAGAGGUAACAGACUGCUUUCCCAUUGGCUGCCAAAGAGACUUGCCCUUGGCCAAUCCCUUCGGAGGAGUUGGGGUGGGGGGGGGGGGUCGAGGAGGUGGGUGGCGGGGGUGGUGUGGUAUUUGGAAGCAACGCUGUGUGUUGUGGUACAUAGCUUCUACAGCAUAAAUGUAGAACGAAGAGAACUACUUUGGGCCUUGACAAGGCCGUGAAGCAGAUGUCUGUCUGUAGCACAACCUUGAUUUGGACUUUGGACCCUUCUUCGGAGGAAAGGAACUAAGGGAAGAAGUUGUUGUUUCUAAAGGCAAAACGUUUUUACAAUUGACCUUAAAAAGGGUAUCUGCUUCAAAAAAAAAAAAAAAAAAGAAAUGUGUUUACAUAUGCAUAUCACUGCACUCAGCUGGACUAAUAUGUAUAAAGCCUAUCAGUUUUCUUACUAGGCAAUGUCGAUUAUCAUGUUUGUUUUACCUUUACGAAUGGUUGACCUUUGCUUAUAAAAAGUAGUUUUGCUCUUAUUGAUUAAAAAAAAAAUUCAUGUCUCAGUAACCAGCCACAACUGGGAAAUUCUGCUGUGCAUAAAUUCAACUGCUUCUCCUGUGCUGCUUUCUAUAAGGACAUUGCCACCAGUGAGUAUCCAAUGUAUUCUUCAUUUUACAAACUUAUCUUGGUUUUCCUUCGGUUGGAGAGAAUGAACACGGUACACAAAGUAAAAAAAAAAACAAUAAAAAUCUACCAAGCAAAGGAAAACUCAAAACUUUUGUAAAUUUAUGUGAGACUGGUUCUUUAUGGGUUUUUUCUAUGAAUUCCAAAUUAACUGUUCAUCAAAUAUUAGUCUCAGAGGAAGUAAUUUAUGUAAAGUGUUUAUACAUUACAAAAUAAAAUCUUAAGAAUA